CGACUCAGAACUUGAAGGGGAAAGCUCACAGACUUCGCAGGCCAUUUUUGUUCACUGUGUAAAACCGAUUCAGCAUUAGUACUUCAAGUUGUCUUCAGCUUAAGUGCCAACUGCCUUACCUUCUGAAGUGGCUUCUCCGCAAGAGCCAGCUCUAUACUGGCAACUUACGCACCACAACUUCCCUAGAUUGGUUACUAGCCAGGUUGAGCAUUGUUAGAGGAGCCGACUUGGUGCAAUAAGCUGCUGUCACUGAAGCACAGCAUGGCAACCGAACAACAAACACAAACAAAAAAGAGGAAACACCAAGAUAACAGCGGUAGACAACGAAAGAAGCAAAAGAAGGUCCGAGAUGAGGAGGGCGAUCUGGACGUGGAGCUGGGCCUGAACAGGGCGUUUGAGCGGAUGGACGGCCAACUUCUCGCCGACCACAUCGCGCAAAAGACGAGCCGUUUCGGGACGGACCUGAGCCCGGUCGAGCUGUCGGAUCUGUACAUUUCCGCGAACGCCAUCCGAGACAGCACCUCGUGGCAGAAGCCGCGCUCUCUGGAGAACCUGCCGGCCUUCUUGGAGGCGUUUGCUGGGGAAAAGGAGAAGCUGGACGAUGCGUCCAAGAAGUGCGGCGCGCCGCACACAAUCAUCGUCGCCGGUGCUGGCCUCCGUGCGGCCGAUUUGGUCAGAGCUGUCAGGAAAUUCCAAAAGAAAGGGAUGCCCGUGGCAAAGCUGUUUGCCAAACAUUUCAAGCUUGAAGAGCAAGCGUCCUUUCUCAACAAGACGCGCACUGGGAUUGCAGUGGGCACGCCGCAGCGUUUGAUAGACCUCAUUGAGAACGAUGCGUUAUCACUUGAAGAUUUGAGAAGGAUAGUGGUUGAUGCCUCACAUAUUGAUCAGAAAAAGCGAGGCAUCUUGGAUAUGAGGGAAACCAUGAUGCCUCUUGCCAAGCUCCUGUCUAGGGCCGAGUUCAAGGAGAGAUACGCGGACCCAGACCGGCAUGUCGAUUUGAUAUUCUACUAGAUACCACAAUCAUGGAAUAAUGAAACACGGCUCAAGUCACAUCAUCUGGAACCAGCACAUGGAACCUUCUGGUCAAUAAAGUUGCAAAUCAAUUCAAG